CCGCGGGCGGCGGGGACUCGGGGCACCGGGGUGGGGGGUGCCCUGGUUGUUAUUCAUUCUCAUUCUGAUGACCGUCCCCUUCGUUUGGGUUGUUCGGCCGGGAGGCUCCGGGCUGUCCCCGUCGCUGAACUAGGGUAGAGCCACGCACCCGGGCGAAGAAGAGCCUCGCGAGUCACUGCCGGCUGCGGUGACACUGAACUUCACGGGGCGGCCGGGGGUGCCGUUUCACUCUCAGAUUCUCCGCCUGCUGCCCCCCGUUUUCUUUUCUCUCCAUCAUGUCGAUAUGAGAGCUGGAAGAUCAUACUUAUUCCCACCACCCGCCCGCGACCGAACCCCCGGGCAAGGUACCCAGGGUGAGGGUGGCAGGUGGCCCUAGACCCUCACCUUUUUUUUUUUUUUAAUAUUUUUUUAAACUGGAAAGUCUUCUUUUAAUGGUGGAAACUUAGCUCUGGGAUCAGGAGAGGAGGAGGAAUCUUAACUUUUGAGCCCCGGUGGCGACUGCGGUCGGGGUCCUUAGAGCGGUCCCCGGGCGCUUUGUGGCCACCCUGCGAACUCGCCCUGGUCUUCUUCUUGGGCUCGCGGGGUGAUCGGGUGGGAAGCCCCCGGAGAUCGGGCCAAGCCCCCCGACCCCGAACUCCAGUUGGGGUCUCCCGAUCCGAGUCUGCCAUCCGCGACGGGCUUGGGGCUUUGCCGUCCCGGCUGGGUGGGCAGCGUCUCUGCGGCCCAGACCUCAGCGCGCCGGGGGCUCCGGCGCCUCGGCCCUUUGGGGGUUCCCUGCGCAGCCUCGAUGGGGGCUCCCGUCUCCUCUUCAGAGUGUGGAGCCCUGUGCUGGGCAGCGGAGCCCCCGCCUGGCGGAGCCCGGACGGGGAGCUGCGUCCCGGGGAUGCAAUUCGUUUACCCGGCCCCAGCGCUCUCUUUGGGGGACUGAAAGGGCUGGGGUGAUCGGUGCACCCAGACCCCUCUCCCUGGGCGGAUCUGACGCUGGCCAGGACCCCCCUAAGGAAAGACAAUUCGGUGGGUACAAGGCGCUUACAUCCGUUUUGUUUGUUUUUUUGAAACUUUCUAUGAGGUUUGGGGUGGGGUAAGGGCAGUCAGUCCUUGGAAAAGUUUGAGUACAGAUUCCAGGAAGUAGGACGUGAACCCAGACUGUUACUAAAAAUAGCCCCAUCCCCCCCCCCCCCCCCCCCCGCGCUUUUCAAGUUUGGAGGAUUUGGCUGGGGAGCCUUGCAGCCCUUGUUUUCCUAAUUCCUUGCAAAGCGUCCUGGCGGUUGAAAUCUUUUGAGCAUAGCUAUUCUUCAAGAUCUGGGCAUCUCAAAGCCAAACCCGCCUCAGCCUGGCACCAGAGUGUCACUUUCAGGAAUCGGCAGUGUCCCCCGCGGAGGAGCUCCUGAAGACCAGUCCCAGAGUCCAGGGCUGGGGAGUGAAGAUCGUACUGAGAAGCAGUCCACGAUGCCAGACUCACCUGUGGAUGUGAAGACCCCAUCCAGGCUGACUCCUCCCACGAUGCCACCUCCCCCAACAACUCAAGGGGCUCCCAGAACGAGUUCAUUUACACCAACGACGUUAACCAAUGGCACGAGCCAUUCGCCCACGGCCUUGAAUGGCGCCCCGUCGCCGCCCAACGGCUUCAGCAACGGGCCGUCCUCCUCUUCCUCCUCGUCUCUGGCGAAUCAACAGCUGCCCCCAGCCUGCGGCGCCAGGCAGCUCAGCAAGCUGAAGCGGUUCCUCACUACCUUGCAGCAGUUUGGCAAUGACAUUUCGCCAGAGAUAGGAGAGCGAGUCCGCACCCUCGUCCUCGGCCUGGUGAACUCUACUUUGACAAUUGAAGAAUUUCAUUCCAAACUGCAAGAAGCUACAAACUUCCCACUGCGACCUUUUGUCAUCCCAUUUUUGAAGGCCAACUUGCCCCUUCUGCAGCGCGAGCUCCUCCACUGCGCGAGGUUGGCCAAACAGAACCCCGCCCAGUACCUCGCCCAGCACGAACAGCUGCUUCUGGAUGCCAGCACCACCUCACCUGUUGACUCCUCAGAGCUGCUUCUCGAUGUGAACGAAAACGGGAAGAGGCGAACUCCAGACAGAACCAAAGAAAAUGGCUUUGACAGAGAGCCUUUGCACUCAGAACAUCCAAGCAAGCGACCAUGCACUAUUAGCCCAGGCCAGCGGUACAGUCCAAAUAACGGCUUAUCCUACCAGCCGAACGGCCUGCCUCACCCCACCCCUCCACCGCAGCAUUACCGUUUGGAUGAUAUGGCCAUUGCCCAUCACUACAGGGACUCCUAUCGACACCCCAGCCACAGGGACCUCAGGGACAGAAACAGGCCUAUGGGGUUGCAUGGCACACGUCAAGAAGAAAUGAUUGAUCACAGACUGACAGACAGAGAAUGGGCAGAAGAGUGGAAACAUCUUGACCAUCUGUUAAACUGUAUAAUGGACAUGGUAGAAAAAACAAGACGAUCUCUCACAGUACUGAGGCGAUGUCAGGAGGCAGACCGGGAGGAGCUGAAUUACUGGAUCCGGCGAUACAGCGACGCGGAGGACUUGAAAAAGGGCAGCGGCGGCAGUAGCCACUCCAGGCAGCAGAGUCCUGUCAACCCAGACCCAGUGGCGUUAGAUGCACAUCGGGAAUUCCUUCACAGGCCUGCUUCUGGAUAUGUGCCAGAGGAGAUCUGGAAGAAAGCUGAGGAGGCGGUCAACGAGGUGAAGCGGCAGGCGAUGACCGAGCUGCAGAAGGCCGUGUCCGAGGCCGAGCGGAAAGCGCACGACAUGAUCACGUCGGAGCGCGCCAAGAUGGAGCGCACGGUGGCUGAGGCCAAGCGGCAGGCGGCGGAGGACGCGCUCGCCGUCAUCAACCAGCAGGAGGACUCGAGCGAGAGUUGCUGGAACUGCGGCCGGAAAGCCAGCGAGACCUGCAGCGGCUGUAACACGGCCCGGUACUGUGGCUCCUUUUGCCAGCACAAAGACUGGGAGAAGCACCACCACAUCUGUGGACAGACCCUGCAGGCCCAGCAGCAGGGGGACACGCCCGCCGUCAGCUCCUCCGUCACGCCCAACAGCGGGGCCGGGAGCCCGAUGGACACCCCGCCGGCGGCCACCCCCAGGUCGACCACCCCAGGGACCCCUUCCACCAUAGAGACGACACCUCGCUAGACGUGCACUCAGAACUGUCGGAGGAAAGACAACACAACCAACGCGAAACCAAGUCCUCAUCCUCAGAUGCUCAAAGUUGUUUUUUUUUUCCUUUUUGUUUUCGUUUUGUUUUGUUUGUUUAUAGACGAACUAUCCUGGUUCAGUACUUUCAGCAAGAGAGAACCUAACUGUAUCUUGAGGCGAUCGUAAAACAGAAGGCCAGUAACGGGUCAUAAUGACUUAUUGUGGAUAACAAAGAUUUCUUUUCCUUAGAGAACUGAAAAGAGAGCAGAGAAUAUAACAUGAAAUGAUAGAUUUGACCUCCUCCCUGUUAUUUUCCAGUAGCUGGGAUUUUAAACUAGAUGACCUCAUUAACCGAUGCUUUACCAAACAGCAAACCAAGAGAUUGCUAAUUGCUGUUGAAAGCAAAAAUGCUAAUAUUAAAAGUCACAAUGUUCUUUAUAUCCAAUAAUGGAGAAAAAAAAAAAAGGAAAACCCUCAAGGGCAUGAGCAUUGGCUACAGCGGUAGACAUUUGAACAAGAAGAUGAAUGGCGUCCGUGGGUUGCUAACUGAACUUUGAAGACCCGCUACAUAACGCGCAGAUGUGUAGCGUAUUGGAAGGAGACACAGAUGUUCGGGGUUUUUUUUCCUGUUUCUGAAAAGAAAUAAUAAUAUCCAGGUCAACAGAAGGAAAAAUGAAAGAUGAUUUUGCAGUGGGAUAUGUGAACACAACAGCAAGAAAAAAAUGCCAUAACACAAAAGGCUCCUUUAUAUAUAUAUAUAAGUAUAUAUACACACACACACAGAAGUAAGAGACUCAGCCUGCAGUUAUUAGCAUCCUGGCAGCUUUGACACCAGCCAGCUGCUGCUCUAAACAACCCUCAACGUUUCUUCACUUUUGCAAGGUUCCACAGAGCAAGACAUUGGGUCUAUUCCAGCUCAUUCAUUUUAUAUUGAAAAAUAAUUUUUAAAAAAAUGGUGGCUCCAGCUCCAGCCCCUUUCUAAAUUUUUUCAACCCUACCCUGUUUGGAUUUUUAAUUAAAAACUAGUAGUUCUCUUGGUGUUAAAACACUUCUGUCCUGUGAGGUUUCCCAAUGGUGUUUUUCUUGUAAACGUGCUGGACGACUGUGAAGACGCGUUGUAGUUUAACCACGUGCCCACAUUUAGUCUCUUUAUUCCUAGUUGGUGAGAAACCUGUAUCUUUCUAUGCUGCUUUUAUAUCUGUAUGUAUUAGUGGUAUUUCUCUAGUAGUUAAAAAAAGAAAGAAAAAAAAAAGACUUUUUUGGUUGUCCUCAAGAAAAGAAAAGAAAAAGGCUAUCUUUCGGAGCUGCUAUUUCACUCUCUUAUAGGAUUUUUUUUCCCCCUGAAAACCAGCAUGCUUCACGGAAUGCUAACAUAUUGGUGUUUUUGUAAGAGGGAUGUACAUAAAUGUAUUUUGCACUGUCACAAUGACUCCCUAGGCAUGCUUUUUUUUUUUUUUUGAGCAAACUUUUUAAAUAUGCUAGAUCCAUUCCACCAAGUUUAGCUGUAGCAUAGAGUAGUAGUGGAUUUUUUUUCUUUUCUUUUUUUUUUUUUUUUGAUGAAAAAUCAUUAUUAGGGACUUUUGAAAAAAUAACAAGAUAUCCUACUUAAAAAAAAAAAAAGACAGUGCAUGUGUAUCGCUGUAAGGUUGUUUAAGUAUUUCUAAUUUUACAAAAAAAAAAAAAAAAAAGAUAAAUCAUUAGAGCUCCAAAUGCCGAGGUGUAGACUGACAGCUUUAACACUGCUGAAUGCCAGGUUACACAGUGUUCUUACAAAAAGGGAAGUCAGCCAAAGACUGAUCUGAUGGACCAAAAUUGGAAUUUUGAAAAGCACCAGUACUACUUUCCAAAAU